GGCUGUCUGGAAAACAAUCUCUAUUGGACCAAGUCCUUACUUCGCUGGAAGUAGUCGGAUCCAAGACUUAAUUUCAACAAAGUGUUCAAUUUAUUGCUUGAAGCUCUGGCAGCAUAAAACUGUCUUCUUUGAAUGGAAAAUUUGACCAACUGCAAUGAGGGGCUGCAGCCAGCGGUCUGUCGCGCCUGCCUGUUUGCUACAGGAGCCGCCCCGGGGAGAAGCCCCAGCAGGGAGUGGUGUGCGCUGGGGGACCCUGAAGCCCAGCCUCGCGGCUUGGGCGGCCUGGAUGCUCGGGACCCAGCCCCGCAGGCGCUGACGCCCGGCGGCGGCGGCGGCGGAGGCGAAGUUUGGCUGCUGAGCGGCGCGGCGCCGGGCCCCUGGACAGACGGCCACCCGGCGGCGGAGGCGAUGCCCGUGGCGGGGCUGCUGCCGCUCUUCGGCAGCCCCGCGGGCGGCGGCCUGGGUGGUGGCCUGGGCGGGGGUCUCGGCGGCGGCGGCGGCAGGAAGGGGUCGGGCCCCGCCGCCUUCCGCCUGACCGAGAAGUUCGUGCUGCUGCUGGUGUUCAGCGCCUUCAUCACGCUCUGCUUUGGGGCGAUCUUCUUCCUGCCCGACUCCUCCAAGCUGCUCAGCGGGGUCCUGUUCCACUCCAGUCCCGCCUUGCAGCCGGCUGCGGACCACAAGCCGGGGCCCGGGGCGCGUGCCGAGGACGCGGCCGAGGGGCGAGCCCGGCGCCGGGAGGAGGGCGCGCCUGAGGACCCGGCGGCGGACCGGGAGGACCCCUUGGCCAGGAUCCGCGAAAACCACGAGCGAGCCCUCAGGGAAGCCAAGGAGACGCUGCAGAAACUGCCCGAGGAGAUCCAGAGAGACAUCCUGCGGGAGAAGGAGAAGGUGGCUCAGGACCAGCUGCGUGACCGGGCGCCGUUCCGCAGGCUGCCUCCCGUGGACUUCGUGCCGCCCAUCGGGCUGGAGAACCGGGAGCCCGCCGACGCCGCGGUCCGCGAGAAGAGGGCAAAGAUCAAAGAGAUGAUGGAACAUGCUUGGAAUAGUUAUAAACGUUAUGCCUGGGGAUUAAAUGAACUGAAACCUAUAACUAAAGAAGGCCAUUCAAGCAGUUUGUUUGGUACCAUCAAAGGAGCAACCAUAGUAGAUGCCCUGGAUACACUUUUUAUUAUGGGAAUGGAAAGUGAAUUUCAAGAAGCCAAAUCAUGGAUUGCAGAGAAUUUAGAUUUUAAUGUGAAUGCUGAAAUUUCCGUCUUUGAAGUAAAUAUACGCUUUGUUGGUGGAUUACUCUCAGCCUACUAUUUGUCUGGAGAAGAGAUAUUUCGAAAGAAAGCAGUGGAACUUGGGAUAAAAUUGCUACCUGCAUUUCAUACUCCCUCUGGAAUACCUUGGGCACUGCUGAAUAUAAAAAGUGGCAUUGGAAGGAACUGGCCCUGGGCCUCUGGAGGCAGCAGCAUUCUGGCAGAGUUUGGAACCUUGCAUUUGGAGUUCAUGCACUUGAGCCACUUAUCCGGAAAUCCCAUAUUCGCUGAAAAGGUGAUGAAUAUUCGAAAGGUACUGAAUAAACUGGAAAAACCAGAAGGCCUUUAUCCCAACUAUCUGAAUCCCAGUAGCGGACAGUGGGGUCAACAUCAUGUUUCAAUUGGAGGACUUGGAGACAGCUUCUAUGAGUAUUUGCUGAAGGCGUGGCUAAUGUCCGAAAAGACAGACCUAGAAGCUAAGAAGAUGUAUUUUGAUGCAGUUCAGGCCAUUGAGACUCACCUGAUCCGCAAGUCUAGCGGGGGACUCACUUACAUCGCAGAGUGGAAAGGGGGCCUGCUGGAACACAAGAUGGGCCACCUGACCUGCUUUGCUGGAGGCAUGUUUGCACUUGGGGCAGAUGGAGCCCCUGAAGGUCGGGCUCAACACUAUCUUGAACUCGGGGCUGAAAUUGCCCGUACCUGUCAUGAAUCUUAUAAUCGCACAUUUAUGAAACUCGGACCAGAAGCUUUCAGAUUUGAUGGUGGUGUUGAAGCCAUUGCUACAAGGCAAAAUGAAAAAUACUACAUCUUACGACCAGAAGUUGUUGAGACUUACAUGUAUAUGUGGCGACUGACUCACGAUCCAAAGUACAGGAAAUGGGCCUGGGAAGCUGUAGAGGCCCUGGAAAGUCACUGCAGAGUGAAUGGAGGCUACUCUGGCCUCAGGGAUGUUUAUUUCACUCAUGAGAAAUAUGAUAAUGUGCAACAGAGUUUUUUCCUAGCAGAGACACUAAAAUAUUUGUACUUAAUAUUUUCUGAUGAUGAUCUUCUUCCACUGGAACACUGGAUCUUCAAUACUGAGGCACAUCUUCUCCCUAUCCUCCCUACAGCUCAAAAGGAAGUUGAAGUGAAAGUGAAAUAAAAAAAAUAUUUUAUAUUUUACUCUGCUGUAUUUCCUUCACUGCAUACCUUAAUAAUUCCUUUUCCGAUAAUCAGGCACAUGAAAUUUUAUUAAUGUCUGUGUUAUUCUAAGUUGUAAAAUUGUUUUGCAGUCUUUUAUGUUUAUUAUCAUAAGCAUAAAUGGACCUAAAUUCCUAAUCAUGUCCUUUAUUAUUCAGUCAAUGGAUCAACAGGUUUUUGUUUUUAAGUAAUCUAUUAUCUCUGGAGUUCAAGAAGGGAUAAUAUUGUUUUUAAUUGAGUAGAAUGGUAUACCAAUGACUUCUUAAUUAAAAUUUGAUUUGACUGCAAAACUUUUUCCUCCUCUAUGAGGAGAUGAUGUCUGCUUUAAGCUGUAAUGUUUUGCCAUGUUGCAAAAAGCCAUAAUAAUAAAUUAAGUAUUAAAAAAAACUUUUUUCUUUUCAAUUUCUUGUGAAUCUGGUUUGUCUAUCCACCAGAGACAGAUCUUAUAACUGUGACAGCUUCCGUAUGCGGGUCUAUCAUUAUUUGAUAGAAUAUUUCUCUCACAUUGUAAUUCAAUUAGAACAUCAUCCCAAAAGGCUCAUCUCAUGUUGACCUCAUUUCAUCAGAAGUGCAGUAUAUUUUUGUUAGUUCAUUAUAUUAGUGUUCCCUAUUUUGUGAAUUUGUUCUUGAUUUUUAUUUUAAAUGCGGUGUGUCACUGCUGGAUCAUGUACUUCCUAAUUUCUUCCGUCCCCUACUACACAACAAGGUGAGCUCUCAAGUUUUUGCAGAGCUUUUCUGUCACUGAAUUAUAGUUUUUAAGUAGAAACAGUAUAACUGUUAGUGUGUUGAACUGGGUCUCUGAAGAGAAAGUGAGAAUUUCAUAUGGCCUUAGUUCAUUUGUUUGCAUUGCAUCUUUAAUUUUUUUUCUUGAGAAAAGAAGCAUUCUGUUAGAUUCAGAUUUGAAAAUUGCCCUUUCUUAUAUGUGCUAAUUUAUUUCAUUUCUGUUUAUGAAAGCAACAUUUGACUCUGAAAAAAGUUUUUGCAAAUUUUUCUAUUCAUGGUCAAUUAAGGAAAACCUAAUAAACUCUUGGACUAAAUAAGAAUAUAAUAUAACUAUGGUUAAAUUCAAAAUCAAGAUCCUAACCUAGAAGCAACUUAUAGGAAUGGACACUCUCAAUCCACCACAAUUUGAUCUGCAGCAAAUCAAAAAAACUACAUGAUUCUUCUAAACAAUAAGUUUUGAAAUAUGAAUGGUUUCCCCAAGAAUGGAUUGAUGGCACCUUGUAUUCUCUUACAUUGGUUCAUAUAGCGUUUAUUUCCAUGAAAAGACUACGAUGAUGCACAUUCUGAGGUAUAAUGACUUUACCUACGUUUUCAACAUACAGUGAUCAAACAGCAUAUGAAAUUGCUGCAUUUGUAGUUUUAAAAGCUGCCCCAGAUCAGCAAUUUCAUAUGAUUUAACCUAAUAAUUUUAAGACACUUAUUUUCUUAGCUGUCAAUAAACUUAAUGGUUUGAAUAUUUCAGCUGUUAGGAGUGUUUCAAAAGAUUUCCUUUGUCUGGACAGGAUCACCUUGUAUGACCUCCUUUUCUCCAUCCCCACCCUCUCCCUAAUAUUGUACAUUGCUUUAUAUCAAAGAGUAAAUUAGUAAAAUUAGCCAAUGAAAAAGAUCCUUCAGAACAUCGUUAUAGCCAUGUUCAUGUGUCUCUGUGACUCAGGAUAGCUUCCUGCACUCAUAUUUUCAGCUCACCUAGUGAAAUAAAUGGAUUAUGAGUAUCCUGUUUUUCCCAGAACUUUAAGGCAAAAUAUAAAAUUAUUGCCAAAAUUGGGCCAUGAGUAUUUAUAUUACAAUUUUCAUCUGAAUGUCCUUGGACUCACAAUUGAAAUUAACUAAUUUGCUUUCCAAUUUAAUUUGAAAGAAUGCACAGAGCUGAAAAGUAUUUCUGCAGCAAAUAGGGUAUUAGAGCCAAGUGGUCUGUACACACUACACUAUAAUGUACCAUUUGUAUCCUGAUGUAAGUAGACAAGAAAUCAUACUAAUUGUCACUCCACCAAAGGCAAGAAUAAAUUUUUUUCAGUUUUAGAGUUUGAGUUUUUUUAGCCUAAGUCCCAAAACACCAAAAAUGUAAACAAGAUAAGAGAUUAAUAUUAGGGAGAUGUGAUUUACUUAAAAUUAUACUUUGUGUUAAUUAUUUUAGACAACUGAAGUCUUCAAGUAGACAGUAGCUUUCAUUCAUUUUCAACAGAACUGUGCAGUUGAAUUUACAUAUGUAUUCACAUCCUAAAAGAUGAACAAUUAAAUUAGCACUUCAUUUCGUAUUUAUACAACAAUAUGCUUUUUAUAUACUCUGUGCAAUUAAUAUUACACAUGUAAGUUGUAUGCCAAUUUACAGAAGUCCAUGACUUGUCAUGAUUUUUUCAUGUGUAUUAUCUUUUUUACAUUGUUUUUUAUUUGUACAUAAACCCAUUCUGUCAUCUCCAACUUUAUAUAAAUCUAAUGUUAUGGGAAACAUAAUAGAUUGACACAUAAUUUUUAAAAAUUAUAUUUGUAAAAUUUCUCUAUUGUGAAUAAAGUCUUUUAAUAUAUCUC